UUUCACUAAGUUAUAUUUAUAUUAUACAAUUAUUAAUUAUUAAAAAAGCAAUAAUUGAGGAUGAAGAAAUUAAGAAAGAUACCACAAGCUGCAGUUCUGAAGCAGAUGAUUAAAAGGUGUUCCACUCAGUUCAGGCAGAGACAUGGGUAUGAUGAAGAGGGGCUUCCUGUGGACGUCCCAAAAGGCCAUUUUGCGGUAUACAUUGGUGAAAACAGGAGCAGAUACAUAGUACCCAUCUCAUUCCUGUCUCAUCCCCAGUUUCAACUCCUCCUCCAAUGCGCCGAGGAGGAGUUCGGUUUCCAUCACGAAAUGGGAAUUACCAUUCCUUGUGAUGAGACGUUUUUCCGUUCGCUGACAUCAAUGAUCAGGUAGACAACGAACGAAUUUUACUUGAGAAGACUUUGUGUUGGGGGAGAGAAGACGGUUUAAGAUGAAGCUCUGGUUGCGCUGCUGUGUUUGGCUUUGUCUUUUUUGAACGUCUUGAUUCACCCAACUACAUUAGCUUAGCUUUAUCGGUUUCUUUUUUUUUUCCUUUUAAAGUUUAUUUUGGGGUCAAUUACCUUUAAUUAACCUAGCCUUACUCCUGACUGUUUGUGGCCGGGUUAAUAUGUAAAAAGUUUGAUGUUAUGUUUUCCUCACGCUGGUGCAUUUCAUGCUGAUUACUCCGCGUGAGAGAAUUUGUUGUUUAUAGAAAGGGCAUAGUGAACUCUAUUAUUUCCUUAACUUUUGUGUUGAGGUAGUAUUUUUUAACGCAUGUUCUAAUCCAAUAAUGUCUAUUCAAAAAGAAGAGUAAUGUUUCAAAUGUAAUUCUUUUUAAAGAUGUAAUGUUAGCC